AUGGAUUCAACACGGGACGCACUGGAGUUCCCAGACUCAGACAGGGGGUUUUUAGAACCUCAACUCCCGCCACAUGAUGGCUCGACCCCACGUCCAGAUAUGCCAUUCACGACACUCACAUUCGCAACAUCUCUUGAUUCAUCACUCGCUCUAUCACCAGGCGCACGUACAGUCCUCUCAGGACCCCAAUCCAAAGCCAUGACGCACUACCUGCGCUCCCGCCAUGAUGGCAUUCUCAUCGGGGUUGGAACCGCCGUGGCGGACGACCCUGGCCUCAACUGCCGCAUCGCGGGGGUGGGCGGGUAUGGCGGUGAGGGUCUAGAGGGUCAGCCGCGGCCGAUUGUAAUAGAUCCUUCUGCUCGAUGGGAUUUCUCAGAUGAUAGCAAGCUAUUUCAGCUUUGCACUCAGGGGCGUGGUCGGGCGCCUUGGAUCGUGACUACGCUCCAGGAGCCGCCGGCCGAGAAGAAGGCUUUGCUGGAAAAAUAUGGAGGAAUGUUCAUUACAUUGGACAAGAUUGAUUGGAGUGAUUUGCUUGUUACGCUCCAAUCGAAUGGUCUUCGGAGCGUUAUGAUUGAAGGGGGUGCACAGGUUAUCAACUCACUGCUUGAGCCAUCGAAUAUGUCUCUGAUCGAUCGAGUCAUUAUCACGAUUGCUCCUACUUGGCUGGGCCAAGGAGGAGUGGUUGUUUCUCCAGCCCGACGCUUCGAUGUUGAAGGCAAAGCGAUCUCCGCGGCGAGGUUGACAGAUGUCAAAUGGUACCCCUUUGGAGAAGAUGUGGUCCUCUGUGGUCAAAUGCGAGUAUAA